AUGCUGUUACAGUUGACACCUUCCUUCACCUUGACAGCUUUAACUCCUAUGUGUUCCCCAUGUUCACUUUUCUCCUCACAGCCUUCCUACCACUGCUCCAUCAUGUGGUAUCCGGUCUCGUGGACACCACGUGCCCAGUGGUCACCCAAGCACUUAAAGCUGGUCACUGUCUAUGUGCUGGUGCUCUUGGUAUCGCUCAGCUUUGCUUCAGGACAGAGCAGGCCAUUUAAACAUCAGAUAGACAACAGAAGUCCUGAGAUCGAUCCUUUUUGGUAUGUGGGCCGUGGCGUUCGCCCCAUCGGUCGGUUCGGGAAGAGGCAGCUGAGAAGCAGCCGUGGCAGCCUGAGGCCUGUGAGCAGGCACCUGGAUUUCAUCUUGAACGCUUUGUGGGAGCAAAAAGUGUCAGACACCGAAGACAAUGACUGGUGAUCCCCGUUCCCCGAGGCGGUGACCCAACCUCUGCUCUUUGAAUUGCACCCUCCCCUGCACCUCAGACCUCCAGUUCUGCUUUUGCCUAGCAAUCCCACGCUGCUCUUCUUUCUGGUCCUUGUGCAAGUUCCUUCAAAAAGAAACAUAUUCAGGGUGCAGGUAAAAGACAAUGCAUGGACACUAGCACCAAGUGCAACCAUAGCUUUUAAAAAUGUUUCUUGGUCUUACACCCCCACCAAUCCCUUGAUGCUGUUUGCUGUAAUGUUAGGUUUAUCCAAAAACCACACAGCUUUUGUGCUGGGAUUUAAACUCUGCAGUGCUAGGCGUAUCAUGAAGCCUUCCUGUCACAUUUCAAAGUCAAUGGCUGUUGAUAUGUAAAAAUAAAAAGCAAUGGUUGGAAGAAAGAAAAA